AUGGCCUCCGUAGGCAGCGGCGCCGCCGCGGCCGCUGCCACUGGCGCCGGCAGCGAGGACCCCAAAUUCCAGCGAUGGCUGCAGGCGCUGGCCGCCGAGGAGCUCGCGGCCGCCGAAGCCGCCGCCGACGCUGGCCCCACUCCGCCAUACGGCGGCGCUGGCGUGCCCGCCGGCGGGGCGCGGCUGCACGACAACGAAUGGUACGCCGACCGCUGCGUCUUCUGCGCCGCCUGCCGCACCGCGAUCGACGCCGAGCCCGGCCGCCGCGGCGCGCGCUGCGCCGGCUGUCGGCGGUGGUUUCACGGGAAGUGCCGGCCCGAGGCCAACGGCGGCGGCGGCGGCACAGGCGGCGCGCGGCAGGCGGGCGGCGGCGGCUCGGGGCGGUUCUUCCACUGUGACGAGUGCCGCGAGGGCUACCAGGCGCUGCGCCGCGAGGCAGCAAAGGGGCGCCGCGAGCUGCCGGCGCUGCAGCCGGGCGGCCUGGCGGGGCUGUUUGCCGGCUUCUUUGGGCGCGGCGCCGAGAAAGCGGACGUAGAACCGCUGACGCUGCGGCUGAUCGACUUUUCCGAGGUCAAGCCGCAGGUGGGUCGGUGCCGCCCAGCAGGCGUGCUUUGA